GAUUACGAAAUAAACACUGGAAAAUACAUCGAAUUAUGACGACGUCGCAGUUUAUUUCACUUUCAUUUGUUCUCUAGGAAAGAAAUAUGUCGAAAACUUCUGAAGCAGAAACAUUGAGAAACCAAAUCAAAUAUCUUACAGAUCUAAUCAACAAUGCCAAGAAAAGAAAACAAGGGCCCACCAUAAAGAAUACACCUUUAAAUGUAUCAAGAGAGGUUAAAGGUCACCAGCAGAGGGCAGGGGCGUAUCAUCAUGUAGAUUACACAAAGACUGAAUUACAGAGGUCAGGUACAGGUCAUGGUCAGCAGCUACAAUUUCAGAAUACUGGACAUCACAAAAAGGGGCAUGCACAAGAGUCUCUGAAACGGGGCAAAUAUGUUUGGACAAAAACCUCGGGUAAAUCGGAUAAUUCACUUGUGGUAUCUCCAGAACAAACAACAAUUUCAACACAGUCUUGUAAAAAAAUACAAGAACGAGGAAUAAAGAAAACAGGUUGUUUCUCAGCAGAGGUUAGGUGUUCUUCUAAUUUAUCAUCACUGAUGUGUAAUGACCACUCAACAAAAAUUUUGGAAAAUGUGCCAGGAGUUAGUGGGAGUUCUAAAGGAAGCUGUGUCAAGGUUAGAAAUAUGUCAAGUGCCAAAACAUCUGAUCAUAUUUCUUUACAUUCCCAGGAAGUCAAACCUGCAAUACCAACAGCUACAUUAAAAGAGAUUUCUUUCAUACAGAAUGUUUCAUCCAACAUUGUACCAACAUCAUCUUCAUCAAUGGCUGAUAUGUCAUCUUCAGGAUUAAAAAGUAUAAAGACACAGUUAGUUCAUAAACUGAAGGACUCUGUUUCUUCAUCAGUUAGAUCUGUUUCGGUCGAUUCAUCCUUAUUUAAAGGAAAAUCAACACAUAUAAAAUGUACUACUAGUACCUCAAAUAUUCCUUCUCUGAUGAAACCAGAGCAAUCUAGUCAGAAAACUGUUUUACCAACAUCUACUUGUAAAACAUCAACAAAGGAAGUGUCUGGUGAUAAAGAUGUGAUAUUGUUAACAGUUCAUUCACCAGAGCCGGUGGAACAAACUAGAAAGACAGAAUCUUGUCAAACCCAAGAGAAGGUAUCUGUAAUCCCAUCAUUCCUGAAGAAUCAUUUGAAAAGAAAAAUGUCAAAAGAAGUCAAGAGUGAGUUGACUUCAACAAAUACAGUUCAAAAAGUAGAGACUGAUUUUAAGAUGAAAGAAUCUGCUCCAAGUUUGCCAGCCUCUGAAAGGUUGUCUUCCACAGUUUCUUUGUCAGGAGAAUACAUUGCCUGCUCAGAAAAAGAAACCAUUUUACCUCAAACUCAAAGUAGUGGACAUCCAGGUGCUAAGUCUUCAUCAAUGCCUUUUGAAGAGUAUACCACAUCAGAUAAAAUAUCUUCAGAUUUGUCUGCGAAUAAAACAGUGUCUCUUUGUCAAGAUAGUCAAAAGAUCACUUCACCAACAGACUCACCUGGGAACAAGGUGUCUGUUCUGGGCCCACAUAGUAAUUCUUCACUGUUGAUAGAUACUCAUGCUAGGAUACAGCGAGCUUCAUCUUCAGAAAGUCAAACAUUAAAAUCUAACCCAACAAUUGCAGCAAAGCCGUCCAAAUUUUCAAAUGCAAAAUUCCGUCAAUCUAAAGCAAAUAUGAAGAGUUCAGCAGGAUCAAAUUCUGGCUCUUCUUUAUUGCCAGAGAUGUCCAAAACAAACAAUCAAAUAAUAGGUCAAGUAUCUCGCAGUUCAUCUAACUCCUCUCUCCAGAAAUCUAGUCAACAAUCUCAAAUUAACAGUGCUUCCUUUUCUAGUAAAACAUGUAUCACAGAAAAAAUGGAUUCACGUAAAGAUACUGUCCUGCAACUUAGUGAACAGCUAGCAAAAACGCAAGCAGAGAUCAAAAGGAUGACUCGCAACAUUACCAAUAGUCGGGUGACCAUGAAGUCUAUUGCUGCCAUAAAGAAAGAAAAGUCUAUGUCUGCUUUGCAAACUCACCCAGCAAAAGUUAAAUCAUUACAAGGAAUGAAGACUCAAAAACCGUACAAAAUGCAUGGGCAGGGCUCUUCUAAAGGACAAAAACAUCCGUUCAAGAAAGCACAAACUUUUCCAUGUAGAUUGAAUAGUCCUAAAUUUAAUUCGCGUCUUAAAAUGUCUUCAUCAAAGUCACGUGUUGUUUUUGAUAAAAAAUAUUCUUUGAAUAAAAAACUAACUAAAACAUUAGAAACAUCUAGCAAUAGUUCACCUCAAACAUCGAGACCUGCUGUAACACCAAGUAAAACACAGGUGGUUGCCAAGGUGAUCAAAUCCAAAUACAAACUGUGGAAAGUGACCUCUGGUGUUAAAAGUCCACCACCUCGCUAUGACAGUAAACCUCCAAUCUUCCCUGGUAGGACUUUCCCAAGCAAUAGAGGCUACUCCUUUUCUAAAAGUUCUAGCUACCAUAACCACAGGGGAAGAGGUCGAGGUGGUAUAAAUCCAUAUGGUUUCUAUCCACAUAUGGAGAUGAGGAGGCACCAUACUUAUCCAGGAACAAGGAACAGGCAUGGUCAUACUGGGCAGUACACAGGACAUGGGUAUCAAGUACGUAAGGGCAUGUACCCUGUCACUGGUAGAGGAUUCCACCACCCAUACAUCUCCCAAAAGACCAAGAAGUCGUAUCAUCUGAAGUCAAAGGCUAUCUUUGACAAGAAGUAUGUCCUGAAGAGAUUACAACAUAACAAGAACUCUCCCUCACGUUUCAAAUCUGACAAGAGAAGACAACCCGGGUCAGUUCAGCCUGGUGCUGCUAGAGUGUUAUCAGAUUUGCGAAGCCAACAUGUCUCUACUCUCCAGCCAACUAGAACACUGGGCAAAUCCAGUUUUGUGGUCAUCAAUGGCAUGUUGUAUAGAUCCAGCUCAAAAAGUCUGAUUAAAACUUCCCCAGUCAAGAUGGCGCCAGUUAAGUCUGCAGCUUCCAGUGUAGACAAAAGUAGCAAGACUGCCAGUAUCAUAGUCAAAAAGAUGCAGUCCAAAAGCAUGAAAUUGGUGACAGUUCGUGGGGUACAGUUUCAGAUGGAUGCUGGUGGUAAAACUCUGCAGAGGGUUCAUUCAACAUCCAGUUCACAAGGAGAUUCCCAGCAAUCACAGACAACAGUGAAGCGUCUAGAUAUUGGGGGAAUGACAUAUGUAAGGAACAGCCAGGGUGCCCUAGAGAGGGUUGGCUCAGCUAACACACGGGUUGUCGCCAACCGUGUGAUCCAUAAAAGUAUUGCAGCAGCCACAGCCCGAUACCGGAAAAUCAACGACCGAAACAAGCUCUCCAAGCAGUAUUGCCUCUUUUUCAACAGGUUUGGCAAGUGUAAGAGGGGCAGUAAAUGUCCUUACAUCCACGACCCAGACAAAGUGGCAGUCUGUACCAGAUUUCUGCGAGGGACUUGCCAAAUGACAGGUUGUCCAUUCUCUCACAAAGCAGCCAAGGAAAAGAUGCCAGUCUGCUCUUAUUUCCUGCGUGGUGUUUGCAAUAGAGACAACUGUCCUUACCUUCAUGUCAAAGUCAACAAAAAUGCAUCUGUUUGUCAAAACUUUUUAAAAGGAUUUUGUUCCCUCGGAGAAAAGUGUAAGAAGCAGCACACACGUGAGUGUCCAGCCUUCAGCAGAACUGGUCAGUGCCCAGCUGGUCGAACCUGUCCACUGGUCCAUAAAACAAAGAAAGACAAAGAAAAGAAGAAGCGGUCUAUGGUCACCUCAGUAGACAAAUCAGGUAAGGAACCAGACCAACAAAUACUGAAGAGGACGGCAACAGACUCUGGAAAAACGGAGGAGGACACCGGGCUCCCAUUCAAAUUACAGAAACUUCCUACAUUUAUCUCCCUUGGUAGCAGUCCAGUACCAGAAACUCUGACAUCACCAGAACAGGCCAUUCGCAUUAAGCCUCAAUUAUAAUACACCAAAUCACAGGUAACAGGUUUACCGGGAAAUGUGACGGUUAGUGUAUCCAUUUAAUCUAAUUAAAUCUGGCUUGAUAUUGCUAACAUCAGUUGUGGAGGAAACACUUGGCAAUUCAUGUUGGUUUAACUUUGUUCUUAAUAAAUAUCACAGACAUCAUCCUUAACAAUUUUGGGUAAGACAUUGAUUCAUUAGCCUUAAUGAUGAGUCCAAGGUAUAAGGAUUUUUUUUUUCACUUUAACUGUGUAGGGUGAGAAUAAGAAGUUAUAUUUCAAACAUUCUUAAUUUCAGAAUAUGAUAUAAAGUGCCUUGGGAGUAAACCUAGUACUCAUUAUCACUACUUGCCUAGAAUCAGAUGGAUGGUCAGUGCUUUUUUUAUUUUGAUGGCCAAGAAUAUUAAUACAUUAUGAGAAUUUUAUUAUUCUAAGUUUCAUGAUGAGUGCUUUAACUUUUCAAUGAUUUAUGAAUUGUGCAAUUGUUUUUAUGUAUGUAAUCUAUAUUACUUUAAUAAAAAAGGUAUUUUUGACAUUG